AUGGGGAACGCAACAGGGAGCACGGUGGAUGACCUGCAAGCAGUGGAGAUGCACCUCUGGUACAAGAAAUUCAUGACUGAGUGUCCUUCAGGGCAGCUCACCCUGCAUGAGUUCAAGCAGUUCUUCGGACUCCGAGGUCUAGACCCUGAGGCCAACGCGUACAUAGAGCAGAUGUUUCGGACGUUUGACAUGAACAAGGUAAGACUCACCUGAGGUACAAAGAGAGGGACUCUUUAAAGCUGCCAGGAUGGGAAUGAUCCGGUUAGACUCCUUCUUUGAGACAUGCUUUGCAGUUCUUCCUUUAAAAAGAGACAAGCAAAAGGUCAGAUGUGCACAAUGGAUGUGUUUAAUGCCACAAAAUCAAAACCCAUACAUACACGAUUAAAAAUGUUUCCCUUUAAAUUAUGAGCCUGAAACAUUUUAAGAUGCUAUUUUAUUCCAUAUCAUUAUAGGUUGUCCUUUUCUUUAACAAUUUCUUGUUACUGUAGGUCACGUUUAAAGGGCACAAGGUCAACAUGAGACUCUGUUAGCAGGCUGGUUUCAUCUUCAAACUGUAGUCACUCAAAGUUUUGGCGAAAAACUGGUUCUAAAUGUUGUUUUUUAUGCUUAUCUUGCAUUUUUAUUCUUUAAAAGUGCAAAAAAGUUGAGGAAAUAGUGUUAAAUUAUUCAUUUACUGGGAUUAACCUUCAUCAAAAAACAUCAGGAACAUUUUUGUCCAGAAAAAAACAAAAGUGCUCUUGAGGGGUGUGAUAGUUUAGGAUGUCUACUUUAGAGAUAUUGUUUAAAGUUUAAUUGGAAUAAUUCUGGGACCAAUGAUAAUUUCAUGACUAAUUCAUUUCAGGACUAAACUAUAAAAUUCAGAUGUGAUUCAACUUUAUUGUCAAGUUCAAGUGCUGAGUUAUGCAAUGAGCAAUGCCAAGUUAAGCAUGUAAACUGAUGUGCAAAUAAGAUUUAAGGUGCUGAGUUCAAGCAGGUACGAAGUGAUAAAUGAGCUAAUAGGUUUACAGUAUUUAUAUUAAAGUGACACAGAUGAAAAAGUCACUCUAAAACACUGGGGAAAAAAAUCCAUGCUGCUGUAGGUUUAUGUCAAAGUUUAUUCCGUCUGUAUUGUCCCAGGAUGAGUUAAAACUAUUUUCAUGUGUAACAAUUUCAGUCUAGGAGGCUCAGCAUCACUAAAUACAAUUCAUUUACUAUGUUGUAACUAGUAAGAGUUACAGAUUAUAUCUGUAGGCUCAUUAAUUAUUCAAUCAUUGAUGACUUGGUCUACUGAAGAUAAUGUAAGUCUAGCCCAGUGAAAGAAGCCAAUCUUAGCCCAAGGUGACCUCUUCUCUUUGAGGUUUGGCCUGUUCCUGAAUCAAAAACUAAAACUAUUGGACCGUUUGGUAAAUUUUGCCAGUCACAGAGUGAAAUAAGAGGCUUUUCUUUUAAAAAAUGCUGUAAAUGCUAACUUUAAAGACAAAUUGAGCCAUUAAAACAAGGUCAAUUGGUUAAUUGAAUAACUGCUGUUUCACUGUAAAGCCUAUAUAAGCGCUUGAGUAACAUGGUCUGCUAUACUUGACUUUGAGUUUUCUUUACGUAACAAGAGAAGAAACUCCAAAAAGCUUCCCAAGUGGAAAAAAAAACACUGAUAUAAAACACGCUGGGAUGAUUCUGUGACGUCCAAGUGACAAGCCUGGAAACCAUUUCCACCCGUCUUGGCUUGAUUAAGAGUCUUGAACCCUCCACCAGGGUCAUCGCAGGAUGUGGCUGUCUGGAAAGCAGGACAUCUAAACUUAGGCUCCCAGCCAGCCUACAAAAGGCAGCGGUAACCUUUGUGCAUGAUUGAAACUAUGAGAUUAUCAGCGAGACAAUGCCUCGGUGCUAAGAUUGUGGAGGCUCUCCCCAGAGAUAAUCCUCCAUCCUGGCAGGCUUCAUUUCACACAGAGGGUUUUUAUAGAUGUUAGACGGGGGCAAAGAAUCACUCUUCACCGUGGGACUGAUUCACCCUGAAAGGCUGGAAACAGUUAAAUAGUAAUUGGGCCUCACAUGAAAACUUAUAGAUUAAUUUAUGGCUUGUUUUUUCAGGAUGGAUACAUAGACUUCAUGGAGUACGUUGCUGCUCUCAGUCUGGUGAUGCGAGGAAAGAUGGAGCACAAGCUGCGCUGGUAUUUCAAACUCUAUGAUGUGGAUGGAAACGGCUGCAUUGACCGACAUGAACUCCUCAACAUCAUAAAGGUACAGCACAGUUACUGGAUCAGCUGAAACUCUGAAUUUUUGGGGCAGGUUUACAUGCUGAUCUGAUUCUGUUCCUGCAGGCCAUCCGGGCGAUCAAUGGAAGCGACAAUCAGGAACAAACUGCUGAGGAUUUCACAAACCGAGUCUUUGAAAGGAUUGAUAUAAACGGAGAUGGUGAGUGUGUUUUCUGGCAACUCCGAGCAAAGAUGAAAAAUUCUGAAAAGAAAUACAUCGUGGGUGGAUAGUUUCAGGCAUUCAUCAGCUCCACUGAGUUGGGAAACAGAACAAGCACAAGAUGAUGAGAUGCUGUAGGUGGCUGCCGAACACAAAAAUUACCCUUAAGCCUUUAACCAAAGAUGCUAUUUCAACAAGAAAUACGCCUUUAAAAUUGAAGAUUUGCGUACAGAUGUGGAGAGCUCUGCUGACAAGCUUCUCUGAAGGUUUUCGAGCUUUAAAGGAAGCUGUAAAAAGUUUGACAAACAUUGGUCGGGGCUGAAGAUUAAAAGUUGGAAAAAGGGGGGAGACAGAAAGACCUUCUUAAGACCUGACUUCUGUCUAAGAGGUCCUGCAUUCAAAAAAUACAAAUUUAAAGCUCCUGUGCGUCUCAUAUCUCAAUAGCAAUAAUAUUAGGUAAACUACCUGCAAAAGUUUUAAUACUUUAUUUUAGCAGUUAAAUCUACAAGAAAGUGUUAAAUGAGGCUUUUCACUUUGACUGGCACCUUUCCCCUCCAGCAGUUUCAGACAUUAAAGAUGAAGUACAUUCUUAUGCAGUUGUUUUGUUUGCUUUUUUAGCUCAUACAGAUGCAUCUGUACUCAUAUCAGUCUGUUUAAAAACUCCUCAAAGGAGCUUUAAAUAAACAUAUUGAAUUUCUUAUUAAAAAAAUCCCACACCGCACGUAAGUCUUAGCAUCAUGAAUAACAGUAGAGUUACCUUGCCUCUAACUUUAACAAAGUCAUUCUAGGUUAAACAAAUGAUAUGGGUAGGGUUUAGCUUCAAAUGUGAUUUAAAAAACUCCCUAAAUGGUUUUCCUUUGAGUUAAUACCUUCUGAGUGACCACAGCAAUGUCCAAGAACAGCUACUGAGGUUUUGGUCUACAGAUGGAAGCUUUUCAUUAAAGUAUUUCAAAGUCAAAUCAGAGGUAGCACACAUCUGUAACAUCAUCCUGUUGGUCUGUGAGCAAGUGGUAACUCACAACAGUUCACUCACUCACUCAUUUAAAGCUCCUGUUAGAAACUUGCAGUCUGGGCCCAUUUUGGCACCUCCUGUGGACAAAGUAGUCUACAGGGGGUGUGUCGUCUGACAUAAAUCUCAUCAUUCUGACUUUAAAAGUUCAAAUUUAUCAUUAAUCUUAAUACAUAAAAACAGGGCUGUUUCUCUAGUUGCCUGGCUGACACCUACCUUCCCCAUCUUGUUUGCUUUUGAAUGCAAAAAUGUACUGGUGCGAAUUCCAGUUUGCUUUAUAAACAUCCAAAAAUUCCUCACAGGAGCUUUAAACUGGCUUAUUUAAUCAGGUUGGACUGUUCCUUUACAGCCUGUGCUAGCAUUUUAAGGUAAAGGUCUUAAAUGAUGCAACAGACAAGGUAAACUUGUUCCCUCGCAUCAGUCUUCAUUAAUAAAUAUACUGCUGCUGAGUUCAAGAUAAACUUCGGGACUGUUUUUGCUCGACAGUAAGAAGAAAGAGAUGGUCAAAAAUCCCCUGGUAAUGCCUGCAGACUUGCUCAGGUGGAUAUCUGUGUCUCUGCUGUCAUUUGCAGUCGCUCUAGUUUCCCCCUUUGCUGAUUGCUGCUCAGUGUAAUGAGCAUUUGUCUUCAUGAGGACUUCAGAUUUGUUCCCUUCUUUGCAGUCAUAUUUUCUUUUCUUUUCCAUCACAUAAUUUGCCGUAGUUUAGAAGCGCUUCAAACACAAGUGGGUUAAAGUGAUUUUUCCACAAAUGCUGCCAAAGACACCGUGUUUGCUAUUCUGAGCUUUGUGCUCCAUGCUGGACAGAAAGGUCAAUCACUAUUGUAUUAUCUCACCAGGCGAUUAUGACUUCAUCAGCACUCAUUCAGAUGAAAGUCAUUCACGGUUUUCUCUCAACAGGAUGUAAAAAUGGUGAAUAAAACUCAUAUUCUCCUCUGAUAGGCGAGCUUUCCUUGGAGGAGUUUGUUGCCGGCGCCCGCAGUGACCAGGAUUUCAUGGAAGUGAUGAUCAAGAGUCUGGACCUCACCCACAUCGUGGCCAUGAUCCACAACCGGAGGCACAGCAUUUAAGACCUGCCUGAUCCGGCUACCUCACCCUCAGUCAGGAUUUAGGCCGAGACCUUCAGUACAUUGCCUCUGUUAAACAAAAUAAGGUAAUAAUAGAC